AUGCGCUCCGCUGCCGUCAAGAAUAGCGCGAAGCGAGCCUACCGCUCCACGGCGAUCGGGAUGCGCGCUGCUGGUGCGCGGGAGCCCGAAGAGGCGGAGCUCGUUCGUACGGCCGAGGCGGCGGCCACGCCAGAGUCUGCCCGCGCUGGCGGAGCUGUGUCUGAGGCCGAGGAAGGCAAGGAGACGCUCAUCGAGGAGACCGAGACCGUCUCCGGCCAGGCCGAAACGCUCCCCUUCCAGUCGGAAACGGCCAAGCUCCUCCGCAUCGUCGCCCACUCCCUCUACACCGACAAGGAGGUGUUCGUGCGAGAGCUCAUCUCGAACGCGUCGGACGCGUCGGAGAAGCUGAGGCACCUGGACGUGACGGGCAAGGAGUACGACGACAAGUACCUCCCGCUGGAGAUCCACAUCGCCACCGACGACAAGAACAAGACGAUCACCAUCCAGGACUUUGGCAUCGGCAUGAAGAAGGAGGAGCUGAUCAAGAACCUGGGCACCAUCGCCCACUCGGGCACCCAGGAGUACCUCCGACAGCUGGAGGGCAAGGACGCCUCCAACAUCAUCGGCCAGUUCGGCGUGGGCUUCUACUCGGCCUUCAUGGUCGGCAACCGCGUCAAGGUCUACUCCCGCUCCGCCGCCCCCGGCUCCAAGGGCUACUGCUGGACCUCCGAUGGCACGGGCGCCUACACCAUCGCGGAGGCCGAGGGGGUGAGCCGCGGCACCAAGAUCAUCAUCCAGCUCCUCGAGGGCCAGGAGCACUUUGCCAAGAAGCAGACGAUCGACAGCAUCAUCAAGAAGUACUCCAACUUUGUGGGCUUCCCCAUCAAGCUCAACGGGGAGAGGGUCAACACGGUGCGCCCGCUGUGGACGCUGCCCAAGCAAAGCAUCAGCGAGGAGGACCACAAGCAGUUCUACCAAUUCCUGGCCCACUCCUAUGACCUGCCCAUUUACCGGCUGCACUUCACGUCGGAUGCGCCGUUCUCGAUCCAGUCGCUGUUCUACGUGCCAGAGCAGCACCAGGAGAAGUACGGGAUGGGUCGCAUGGAUCCAGGCGUGUCGCUGUUCUCGCGCAAGGUGCUGGUGAAGCCCAAGAUGAAGGCGCUGGUGCCGGACUGGCUGCGGUUCAUGAAGGGCGUGGUGGACUGCGAGGACGUGUCGCUGCACCUGUCGCGGGAGCACUUCCAGGACAGCGAUCUCAUCAAGCGGCUGGGCAACGUGGUGACGGGGCGCCUGCUCAAGCUGUUCCAGGACGAGGCGGCGAGCGACCCGGACAAGUACAACGCCAAGUUCUGGAAGGAGUACGGGAGCUUCAUCAAGGAGGGCAUCUGCACCGACGCCAAGUGGAAGGACGAGCUGGGCGGGCUGCUGCGCUGUGAGUCGUCGGCCACGGGCGAAGGCGACGUGACCUCGCUCGAGGCCUACGCCAAGCGCAUGCAGGACCAGCAGACGGCCAUCUACUACCUGUGCGUGCCCUCGCGCACCUUUGCCGAGAGCUCGCCCUACUACGAGGCCUUCAAGCAGCGCGGCGUCGAGGUCCUCUUCCUCUACACCUCCAUGGACGACUUUGUCAUGCAGAACCUCGCCGAGUACGCCGGCAAGCGCAUCCUCUCCAUCGAGUCCGCACAGCUCCCCGCCGAACUCGCACGCCCCGCCUCCACCACCACCGGCAACAACAACAACAACGACGCCUCCUCCUCCCCGCAGGCGCACGCCGGCGAGCUCUCGCUCGACCCGCAGGAGGUCGAGGAGCUGGCCAAGUGGAUGAAGACCACCCUCCUCGACCGCGUCUCCUCGGUCAAGGAGACCAAGCGGCUCGUGUCGUCGCCCGCCAUCAUCGUCGACCACGAGUCGGCCUCCUUCCGCCGCAUGAUGAAGUUUGUCGACCCGUCGCGCGCGCCCAAGCUCCCCAAGCAGCGCCUGGAGAUCAACGCCGCCCACCCCAUCAUCACCCGCCUCAACUCACUCCGCCGCCGCGAGCCCUCCUUCGCCAAGGCCGUCGCCGAGCAGGUCUUUGAUAACGCCCUCAUCGCCGCCGGCCUCAUGGACGACCCGCGCUCCAUGCUCGCUCGCCUCAACUCCAUCCUCGAAGCCGCCGCACGCAACUCGGACACCACCUCCACCACCUCCACCUCCACCGCCUCCACCUCCACCUCCACCGCCUCCACCUCCACCGUGGCCUCCGAGGAGCUGCCGCCGCAGUGA